UUAAAAUUUACAGUACAAUUUCCCCAAGCAAUAGCUAUGAACGUCCCCAAACUCGGCUCUUAUUUACCAUUUACUCCCUGGAAGCAGCCAAAAAGGCUAACAGACCAUUCUCUAAGGGACUCCGAGGAUGAGGAAGUAAAAUGCCAGCAUUGCACGCAGAAGAGAAAAAAAAAAAGUUUUCACUCCAGCUGCUAACAAUACACACGUCUAGAGUGCUCAGCCUGUGAUGCCUGCCAGCAAACCGUCUCAGAAAUCUACAAACAGAAUUUCUGGCCUCCCUUCCCACCAUUGUCCAGACUCCACCAUCCACUCCAGCUUAUAUCUGAACUGUCUAAUGCUCCUCUUGAUGUUAACAGAUAGGGGGAGUGUGCAGGUACAUAAGGUUAUUAUUUCAAGCACAUAGAUUUUUGUCAGAGUUAAACCUCAUGAAAAUUAAUCACCCCUGCUCGAACUUUCCGAUCCCAGAAGAAAUCAUUUAUUUAUUUAACUGACAGUGUUUGUCUUCAGCUGAGAACCGUGGAGUGCGUUGAAGGGGGCUUUGUUCGGCGUGACAAAUGCUAAGUAGGUAGGAAGGUCCACUAUGGAGGAUGGAACCAUUUCCUGGCAUUUGCGGAGAAAGGGACCUGAACAUCAGGCAGCAUGGAUCCGUUCCUCUAUGCUUCAGUAUUCUGCAUUCUGUGUGUCCAGUGGCUUCAUGCUUUGGCCUGCCUAGACUUCCCCAUGAAGGACUGUACCUUGAACUGUAAGGAUUUUUAUUAUGGAAAUUUCAAACGUGCAAGAAGAGACAGUGUAUUAAUUCCAUCUCUACAGCAAUCCCAGUUCCAUCUGUCUCCCUCGAUAUUUUGAAAUAAGUUGCAGACCCUCAUCUCCAUCACUAGCUAAAUCUGCAUCUCUAAAAUUCCGGUCAGUUUUUCCUUCUAAAGGCCACAAUGCCAUGAAAAAUACUGAAUUCCAGGAGAAUGAAAAGAUUCUGUCUUCGGAUUUUCUCUCAGUUGACCAGAUCACUGACCUGCUGGAAGAACCAGAUGUGGAUGGAAUUCAAGAAAAAAUGAGUGUAUUUCUGAAUUUUAAAAAUCUCCAGACUUGUUUAAGAGAUGCCAUUCUCCUAGACUACUACGUGUCCGGGUUCUUUUGGGCCAAAGGAAUGGACUUUUCCAUUGACCAAUAUUCAAAAUUCAUGACUUUGCUGGACAUGUUACUACACAAUCUUCAAACACUCCACAUGUCCUUAGAGGACAGCAUCAAGUGGCUUGGGGAAGUGAUGGCGGAGAUCGGACCUAACCGUUCACGGAAGAAUGAGGAGCCGCACGUCUUUGAUGUCAAAGAAGCCAACGCCAUCACCGAUUACCUGAAAAUCAGCUUAUUCCAGCACUACAGGCUCUAUGAGUUUAUGUUCUACUCGACCAGGGAAGAAAUUGUCAUCGGAACCGAGCAAACCAUAGAAGUGGUCAAGCCUGCAGACUACCCUUUCCCAGCCCCACUGGAGGAAGGAAUCUCUUUGGACAUCUAUUCAGCCUUCAUAGAUCGAUCGCCAACACCGGAGAGUGAACAGAAGGUGCCGGAUCAAGAGCAGAGCCCUCAGGAGCCCCAGCCAGAGACCGAAACGGCAGAGGUGGAUCCUUUAGUUGGCUUCACCAUUGAUGACGUAAAAUCAGCAUUGGCUCGCGUGACGGAUGAGGUUUUGUUGAACAUUCAGGUACUGAGCACAGGCAAAGAACUCCCCUUUACGCUUGGCGAAUUAGCCAGCGCCAGCCUCGACAUCUGUAAACACUGUCUGCUCUGGCCAAGCAAGAGCAAGGUUUACGGUUUGCACACUUUAUCUUACAAGGCUACAUAAUCCUCAGCUGAGUCUUCUGAAUUCAGUAAGAUCACAAAUCAGAUUUGCCAGCAAUGCCUCGUGUGCUCUGUGUUAUCAGCUUGCAAAAUCUUUCGACACUGAAACCCCAG